CAACGUGCGGGUACAGGCGGAUAAACCAUCAUCACUCGUUCACUCGGCUUCAUUUGAACGGGAAGAUAUCAAAGAGGAUAUAUACCCCUGCGGUGUACCACCACGUGGAUGACAUGGUGUAGAGGGAACGACAGGAAUCCGGUGUCGUCGACACUGGACCUUCUUCCUCCUGGUGACAGCCCCAGCGAAGGGGCCGUUCGAAGAGACAACACCGCGGCUGUGAAGAGGCAGACAGUACUGGGCUUGGUGGUACCUGGAGCCCUCAUCCUUACAGCGGGUGCACUCUGCUGCCCGUUCAUUUUCCUAGUCGGUGUCGCCCUAGUAGCAUUCGGGUUCUUGCUGCUCGUUCUUCUGCCUGCCGCAGCCUGGCAGCUCUUCAAGUCUCUUCCCGAAGAUCCCGUGGAAGUCAUUCCACAGCCAAAGAAACCGACGCAACCUCAGCACCAAGCCGGCUCCAUCGGAUACACGAACGCAGCCUUCGACCCCAAGGAGUCAUUGGAACACGUCUUCCACAGUCCAUCCAUUGCAAGUGCUCAACAGCCAUCGACAUGUUCCCGAUGUCGUCUACCCAUUGUCACAAUCGAACUCUCUCAAAAUGUGGACUCGAACCUCGCCCCUUCCAGCAUUAGUCAGAAACAAGUCCAGGACAGCGGCUACCAUGACCUACCACCACGCUACUCGGCUGUCAUACGAGAAAGCCCCUUAAUAUAAGGAAUCUUUGUGCAAUGGAAGCGGCGGCAUUUUUGCAUCGUAAUCCUCUUUUGUGGGAUUACAGCAGGUUUUUAGAAUAAUGAUUUACAAUGUUCGGUGGAGA